UGCAGCUGCAGAUCCAGCCGCUCAGUGCAGGUAACGUUACGGUACCGCCUCUGCUUUCGGUCCAACCAACUUGGACAACAUGCCGCUUUCAAACAGAGUAGUCACACCGCAGCAACUUUCUCUCUGGAUUUAAAUGAUUAUCUGAAGCGUUUCCUCGACACAAACACAAACGCCGCAUGUUCGACGCUGAAUCCUGAAACCUGAAAUGUGGACGGGACUCACCUGAGCGUACUAUAGGUUCAACAGAAACCAUAACUUUCAAACAGGCUUCUAUUUUGGGGGAGUAUUAUCCCGGGAUUUUAUUAAAAUGGGUGUGCUGUGGACGAACUGCGUUUUCUUCCUGGCGUGUUGCUCUGGAUUAGGGUUUGGAAUCCCAAACAGAUGCGACGAAGUGCGCAAAGUUUUCCAACUCAGGCAAAUUGGACCAAAUCAAUUAUUGCCUCCAAGUCCCAGACCAGGUUCAGACCUUCAGGUGUGCAUGUCCAAGAACCUGACCUGCUGCACCAAGAAGAUGGAGGAGAAGUACCAGGUGGCGGCCCGGAGAGACAUCCAGAACCUUCUCCAGACGUCCAGCUCCAGCCUCAAGUUUCUCAUCUCACGCAAUGUGGCUGCUUUUCAAGAUAUAUUUGAGGUCCUGAUGAGGCAGGCGGAGAAUUACACUAAUGCCGUCCUCCAGGAGUCAUACCGCAACAUGGCUGAUCAGGCCGUGGGCCCUGUGCGGGAACUCUUCACAGAUAUUAGUCUGUUCCUGCUGGGGUCUGAGUUCAACAUUGACGAGUUAGUACAGCGAUUCUUUGACGCUCUCUUCCCGCUGGUCUACAAUCACCUGAUCAACCCAGGCCUCAGCGACAUAUCACCAGGCUACGCUGAGUGUGUAAGGUCGUCCAGCCGUGAUGUGAGACCGUUUGGUGGGGCGCCCAGCCUCCUGGCUGAUCAGAUUGCUCGCUCUGGGGUCUCCGGGAAGCUUCUUCUUCAGGCACUGCACCUCGGCAUCGAGGUCAUCAAUACCACAGACCACUUACAGCUGAGCCGCGAGUGCAGACGGGCCCUGCUAAAGAUGCACUACUGUCCUCACUGUCAGGGGUUAACCCAGUCCAAGCCCUGCAUGGGUUACUGCCUCAAUGUGAUGCGGGGCUGUUUGGCAAGCAUGGCAGAGAUUGACACCCACUGGAGAGAGUUUGUUCGCUCGCUGGAGGGCCUGUCAGCACGGAUGGAAGGACCUCAGGAUUUGGAGCAAGUGCUUCUGGGAGUUCACACACUACUUCAUGAUGCUGUCGGACACGCUCAGAAAAAUGGACCCCGCCUCUCAGCACAGGUGCACAAACUGUGUGGCCCACCAAGCAGGAAGCCUGCGCAGUCAGUCAGCAUCCAGCGCAGCAGCAGAGAAUCCAUCCCUCUUAAAGCUCUUGUCAGGGUGUUAGGGGACUCACUCGCUGUCAGGAAAAGGGAUUUUCUGAACAGUCUACGUCUCUACCGCACGUACUACGGUGGCCUGGCGGAUCAGCUGUGUGUGAGUGAGCUGGCCUCCGGUGAUGGGCUGUCCUGCUGGAAUGGAACCGAUAUUGUAAAAAGCUACACCCUCCGUGUGGUGGGCAAUGGGAUCAAGGCUCAGAGUACCAACCCCGAAGUCAAAGUGAAGGGAGCAGACCCUGUAAUAAAUCAGAUCAUUGACAAACUGAAACACAUCAAUCAGCUGUUGCAGGGAAAGUCCAUUCCUAAACUGGGGUCACUGGACCAGAUUGAAACAGGAAGUGGAGAUGCAGAGGGACGCUACAGCGGUGACUGCGAUGAUGAGGACGGUUGUGGUGGUUCAGGUGGUGGCGAAAAUAAGAGGAAAGUCUCCAGAGUUUCCAAAUUCUCAACCUUCCCUCAUCUGAUUGUGCAUGCAUGUGAAGCAAUAUUAGUAAUACAAGUGAGUCCAGAUGUGACCAGUGAUCACAAACAUCAUCAUCAUCAUCAUUAUCCACCUGCCGAGGAUUCAGAAAUGGAGAGCAGAUCCAGUAGCCUUGGACUGACAGGAGCCAUCUGGGUCUUGAUAUUGCCUUGCUUACACGUGCUCCUGGCCUUUUAACAGCUGCCUUUUUGCAGCAUGAAACUUUCAAGACUUGAUUUCAAGCUUAUUGAUCCAGAAAUGAAAGAGCCAGUGGACGUCCAAUAUGUAAUGGAGCACCACUUGCACACAGUGCAGGACACGGUAGGACUGAACACUAAUGACUGUGUGGAAAUUAGAAGACACUGUGGCUUAUAUGUAAAACAUUGGUUCAGCUUUGCAAAUAUUAACUCUUUUUAUCAGUUACCUGGCAUUCAUCAACACUAAUAAUGACUUAUUUAUAACAGCAGAUGUCAAAACUAAAUACAGCAUAUGUUGUAAAAAUCUGGUAUUUAAGUGUAUUUCUGCACAUAAUAUAUAUGAUCUAUAGAUAUAUACGCAAUAAUUUGCUUCUGCAUAUCACACUGUAAUGCACUCUACACAGUACAGGUUGUAUUUCUUUUAAAUGGGGUUUUACAACUGCUGUGAAAGUAAUCUAAAAGGUUACUUUUGAUGUUGCAUUUGAAAUAGAAAACAUCACAGUCUCCACAGCUCUUUCAGAUGCAGUAUUUGUACAAGUCCAAAUAUUAAAAUGUCCUGUUAUUCCUAUGCCAUCCUAGGAAUCCCUUCUGUGUAUAAACAUGUUUUUUACAGACAUUUUUUUAUAUAAAAGUGCUUCAGACAGUGCUUCAGGUCAUUGUAGAAAACCUACAGUAAGCUCUCAGAUAUGUAUGUUCUUAUGCAUUCUGCUAAUAAGAACAAAACAUUAUUCACGACAUCUGCUUCCCUUCACUUGUAAUAGUUGCCAUGCUGUCUAGAGUCCAUUUAAUUAGUAUAUUUCAAUUGAAAAAUGACCUGUUAUGCUGCUUCUGAGAGAAAUGAGGAGAGGAGGGGGCAGGUGGAAGUGAGAGAAUUCAUACUCCUUUCUCCUUUAGAAAUAGAUUUGUUUCCUUAGGAGUCUAUUAUCAUCUUUCAAACUCAAUCCUCCUCUGCCUUCAUAGACCUGGAUGGGAGCUGAUAGCUCCUGGAGCCACUGGUGAGGAAGAAUCCAAUUCCUUCUACCUGCUACCUGACUGCAUACUGCUGGUGUGUUGCUGGCAGGUUUCUGUUCAGAGAAAAGGAAAAUGAUUUGUUUCACAUAUGCCAUGCAUGUCUGGGUCAAUGGCUGAGAGAGAAAAGUACUCAGUGGUAUUGAAACAAACAAUCAUCUUUUAAGAUGCUACAGAAACUAAAAUGAUACAUUAUUCACUAUUCAUAUAUGACCUGUAUACGUAUAUACUAUACAUACACACCACAGAGAUAAACAAGAAAAACAUUCAAGCUGCUACUGCAAAUAGUUGACAGUGUAAAAUUAUGACUACUUAUAAAUUAGGGCACAAAACAGCUUUUUAUUUUCCACCCAAAGGUACAGUCUCCUCAGGUACUCUGUUUGAUCAUAUACUGUAUGAUCAUAUUUUAAAAGCAUGCGACCUUCGUCACGCUGCAGUUGUCUUAAAGCAUGCAUAGUAAUUUUUGGCAUUAGUCAUUUUCACCUUUAAUGUAGCAGGUUAGACUUUUAUCGUGAUAUAAAAUCAAGGCUGUUUGAGCAUCUGAACCACUUGAGUAGCAUGGAGCUUUUCCAACUACAGUCUCAAGGUUUAUAAAUGAUAAUACUGAGAUCAAUUAUACUCAUCAUUUCUUAUUGUAUUUUAUAUUUAAUGUUUUGUAAAUGAAGCUUUUUGAGGUGAGCUUCCAAAACAAACUUAAUACAAUUGUUUAACAAGUCACGACUGCUCCCCCAAACCAACUAUAUCGCAGGAUGGCACCAUCAAAGUCAGUGCUAUUGUCAUCUGAACAACUGCGUUAAUGACACUAUUAAAGAAUAGUGUUCAGUCUUUAACUAGUUAACAGGUAGCAGGCACAGAGACAAAGGUUUCUUGAGGCUAAAUAUAAAUGUCAGGUUACACUAAUUCUCCUUUACUUAAAGGAAAGAGUUCAAUAUGAUGUGCUAUGUGAUUAUUAUCCAGAGGAGGGAGGAAAGGGGCUAGAUGCUAAUGAUGAUGAUGCCAAUGAUUUGCAUCCACAUCCAGACAGGUGUCAUCCUGCAGGCAUUGCAAUGUGUCAGAAACUCUUGAAAAACAUGUUUACUCUCUGAUAUUCUAUUCGGAGAGUGAAUGUGUUAUUUGAAAAAAGAAAUUCCUGUAAUACAUGCAGCUCUAUUUUGACUUAGACUGUGAUUUUUCCUGCAAUAAUUAAAUUUUAUACAAUGGUCUUUAAAGGAAAACAACUUUUUAUUUGAACUUGGAUUUUUUUUUUUUUUUUUUUACAUAGCCCAAUCGCCCUUUUAUUGAGUAACACCCCUCAACUCUUUCUGGGGGAUCCUCAAGUAUUCCCAGGCCUGCUGAGAGAUGUAUCAUGUUUGCUGUGGCUUUAAAAUGAUUUCCUCUCCAGUACGUAUCACAGCUUCUUCUUGGAAACUGAAAUUUAAUUUCAAAAGACAGAACUUAAUAAUAAUUAAUCAGAGAAUGGUGUAUAUUUCUGUUCUGCCCAUUCUUCUUCUAAUACAUGUUAAUAGUUUUUUUUAAUAAAAUAAUGAAAAAUAAAGAUUAUACAACAAUUUCUGAUGA